AUGAUAAUUACUAUUUUUGGGUUUGAUGACGGAAAACUUCUGAUAGUUACCUCAAACCAAACACAUUUUUACCUAUUACAAUUACAUUUCAUCCAUCAAAAUGGAAGUAUACUCCCAAUAAAUUACGAAGGUUCCAUUAAUUUAAGCAAUUCAAGUGCCUGGGUUCUUUAUGAUAUUGAGCCUUUAGCAAUAAAUCAUAUGAUUUUGUUAUAUUAUAAUAAAAAUGAUCCGAAAGAAGAUCUUACCAUGUUCGGAACUAUUAUAAAUUCACAAGGCAAAAUAACUCAAGAUAAUAUUACAUCAUUGUAUCAUUUCAAUAUAAAUGAUGCAAAUGUUAACCCAACUUUUAUUACAAGCUUUAGCGAUAUUUCUAAAAGCUUUGUUGUUACCCAUAGAAGACCUAAUUAUCUUAGCUGGACAAAAUAUCGAUUUGCAGAAGACAGUGGUAUCGCUUCACCAAUAUCGAAUGGCUUAAAUAAAAUUCCAGUACGUUAUCCUAUAUCAAAUUCAACAAAUAUUUCAGCAUUCUAUCGUUAUGACGCACCCGAUUAUUCAAUAUAUGCGCAUUUUAUAAGAGACAGCUUGGACAUACCCAACGAACAAUUUUUAUUAUAUCAAUCUUAUGAUAACACGAUAAAGUAUUAUGGAUCAAUUAGAUGUCAAGCUGGGCUUUAUUCAUUAAAUUUUCAGAGCAAUAUUUGCAUCUAUUUUGAGUUUGCUGUUUACGACAAUAAUACAGCCAGUCAAUUUACAAGAUUCAUAAGGUUUUCAUCAUCUGGGUCAGUUAUUGAAGUAGGAACUCUCCCAAAUAAUAGCACUGGCGAUUACAAUCCUGGAAAAAUUGUAAUACAGUCUGUCGUUCCGUUACCAUACGGCGGUGCAAUUAAAUUCAAAAGUACAACUUAUAAGUUAUAUGAUAAUUCUCCUCUGGAUCAUCACGAACUUCGAGUCCAAACAUCUAAUUUAGAUAAUAUUACAAUUAGUGGUGAAAUUUUAUAUGAUAUUCCAGAUGUUGAACUAUCUAGAUAUGGUGUUUUUAAUAAUAAUACCUUAUGGUUUACGCAAUUUAAUAAUACUUAUGAUCUUACGUUAAUUACAUUCAACGUGAAACGAGUCUAUAAUGAUUUCGGUUAUGGAAACGCUGCAAUCAUAUCUUCUUACCCAAAAUUAAGUUCUUCAGUACCCAUAUCAUUUAAUGACUUAAUUAGUAUUACUUUUAAUUUUUCAAUCGUUCCAUCUUCUGGAAAUAUUUCUAUUUAUCAAAUAAUCAAUCAAAAUAACGUUUUAUUACGUCAAACUUAUUCUGCUUCUUCAUAUUGUAACGUGUAUAAUUAUACGACUCUAUCUUGUCCGAUCUUUUCUAGUACAUUUAAUCAAAUUAAUAGCAAUUAUGUAGUUGUUGCUGAUGAUAAUUUUGUUAGAAUGUCUUCAUUUAAUGAACCACUUCGUGGAAUUAAAAUGGGCAUCUGGCACGUCAUGACAUCACAAUCAUCAGUUAUGGGAAGUAUACGUUUGUCCGAAAAUGGAACCGAUUAUUUUAAUGCUUUAAACCCAGAUGAAAAAUCUUCAUUCAUUAGUAGUUUAACUGAAGAACUUGUUCAAAGUUUAUCUACUGAUACUUCGAGGCUAUAUUUCACUGGACACGUUAAUGUCGAUUUGACAACUCCUCAACAACAAAAAUUAUGCGAACUUAAAAUUAUUGAUUCGAAAGAUUUAUCUCAACCAAACGCGAAACAAAUAAUGGAUGAUAUAAAUGAACUAAUUAAACACAAAUAUGUUACUAUUCUUGCAACUUUACCUCAUGCUGGCUAUAUUGACGAGACAUAUCCAUUUAAGCCAACACCAAACUUCUAUAAUGAAGUUGCGGAAGCCAAAUAUUACUUAAUAAGCUUUGGUCUUGGUUUUGUGGUUUUGAUCAUAUUAUGUAUUUUGGCAUAUCAUAGACAUAAUAGGAAAUCUCUUAUGAACAAAUGUUGGCACUUAAAGAUAAAUCCAAACUGCUUACAUACACCAAGAUGUUCUACAGAUGAUGCUGAUUCACAAUGCAAACGUGGUUCGACUGAAAAUUUAUUAUCUGUAUUGAGUCCAAACUGUAUACACAAGCCAAAAUGUUCAAUUAAAACUGAUACACCAUGUUUUAGUGAUUUUAUUAAAAAUUAUUCACAAAACCAGAAUGGUUUACUAGUAAUAUUAGGAGUACUGCUAUAUUUACUUUACUCGCCAGUGCAGAUGUGGAAAUUUUAUUAUUCUCAUUUUGGAGGGUUUGAAAUGUUUAAUGCACCAUUUUCAAAAAAGGCAAGAGACUAUAUCUUUAUAGGAAAGAUAAUAACUAUUAUUAUUGAUAGCAUACCAUGGUUGAUUAUUCAAUGA